AGAUUUUACUGUAUGGUUGAUUCCUUUCCCCCACCCUUCUUCUAAAUGCUUCCAUGGACUUAUUGAUGAAUCAUUCCUCAUCUGGUCCCACUAUUCAGAGGAUAGAAAUGGAAAAUGUAAUCUCAUGCAGCAGGGAUGGAUUUUUUAAAAAAAGUCUUUUGCAAUGCGAAUCGUUAAAAAAUCCUUUAAAAUCUGUCUGCUAGGAACAGCCCACAGUUUUUAGAAUGAAGUGCACUGCAUACAAGGAAUGGUACUAUCCUCAGGUAAAGCAGACAAGCAGUGUGUAUCAUGAUGGAGCGUGCCUGUAAGGUGAAUAAGAAAAUGUAGAGGACAGAAGCAAGGAAGAGAAACCUCAAGUGGUGGAACGGAGGGUUCUCUCUGUUUGGGAUUUCACCCUCCCUGUCACGCUGCCUCACAAUGUCAAAGAAGAGUGCUAGCAGCCGAGCUAAGGGAGAAAAACCUGAUGCCUUAGCUGCCUUACAAGCUGCCAAUGAAGAGCUCAGGACAAAACUCACAGACAUUCAAAUAGAGCUCCAACAAGAAAAGAGUAAGAUCAGCAAGUUGGAAAGAGAGAAAAACCAGGAAGUUAAACAGAUCAAAGAGCACGAGCAGCAUAAAAACACAGUGUUAGUAACGGAACUUAAGGCCAAACUUCAUGAAGAGAAAAUGAAGGAGCUCCAGGCUGUUCGAGAAGCACUUUUGAGACAGCAUGAAUCUGAGCUUCUUAGAGUCAUAAAGAUUAAAGAUAAUGAAAACCAGAGAUUACAGGGCCUUCUUAAUGCUGUACGAGAUGGAGCUCCUGAUAAGGUUAAAACAGUCCUUUUCACCGAAGCAAAAGAGGAGGCCAAGAAAGGGUUUGAAUCUGAGAAAAUAAAAAUGCAGCAAGAAAUUUCAGAACUUAAGGGGGCUAAGAGACAAGUGGAGGAAGCCUUAACUUUGGUCAUUCAAGCUGACAAAAUUAAAGCAGCAGAGAUAAGGAGUGUGUAUCACUUACACCAAGAGGAAAUCAGCAGGAUCAAGAGAGAGUGUGAAAGAGAAAUUCGCAGACUGAUGGAGGAGAUAAAAUUUAAAGACAGAGCAGUCUACGUGCUGGAAAGAGAGUUAGGGGUUCAAGCCGGGCAUGCUCAGAGACUUCAGCUCCAAAAGGAGGCUUUAGAUGAACAACUUUCCCAGAUCAAAGAGUCUGAUCGACAUCUGAGCAGCCCCAAACGGGAACUUCCUUAUGCAAGUGGUGCAGGAGACGCUUCAGAUCAUUCAGGAAGCCCCGAACAGCAGCUGGAUGAAAAAGAUGCCCGGCGUUUCCAACUUAAAAUUGCUGAGCUAAGUGCAAUAAUCCGGAAGCUGGAAGAUCGGAAUGCAUUGCUGUCAGAAGAAAGAAAUGAGCUUUUAAAACGUCUAAGAGAAGCAGAAAGUCAGUAUAAACCUCUCCUGGACAAAAAUAAGCGUCUCAGUAGGAAGAAUGAAGAUUUAUCCCAUGCCUUACGUCGAAUGGAAAAUAAAUUAAAAUUUGUAACACAAGAGAACAUAGAAAUGAGACAAAGGGCUGGGAUAAUAAGGAGACCAAGCUCUUUAAAUGAUCUUGACCAGAGUCAAGAAGAAAGAGAAGUUGAAUUUCUGAGGUUACAAAUUAUUGAACAGCAAAAUAUCAUAGACGAACUCUCUAAGACCCUUGAAACUGCUGGCUAUGUGAAGAGCGUAAUAGAACGUGAUAAGCUUUUAAGGUAUAGGAAACAAAGGAAGAAAAUGACAAAACUCCCUAAGAAGCCGGUUGUGGAGACAUUUUUUGGCUAUGAUGAAGAAGCUUCUCUGGAGUCUGAUGGUUCUUCUAUCUCGUAUCAAACUGACAGAACAGAUCAAACGCCUUGCACUCCUGAUGAUGACUUGGAAGAGGGCAUGGCCAAAGAAGAAACAGAAUUGAGAUUUCGGCAGUUGACAAUGGAAUAUCAGGCUUUGCAACGAGCAUAUGCUCUGUUGCAAGAACAGGUUGGAGGAACAUUGGAUGCAGAACGAGAAGUUAAGACGCGUGAGCAGCUCCAAGCAGAAAUACACAGAUCACAAGCUCAAAUAGAGGACCUAGAAAAGGCACUUGCUGAGCAGGGACAGGACAUGAAGUGGAUUGAGGAGAAGCAAGCUUUAUAUAGAAGAAAUCAAGAACUUGUAGAAAAGAUAAAACAAAUGGAAACAGAAGAAGCUCGGUUAAAACAUGAUGUCCAGGAUGCUAAAGAUCAAAAUGAACUCCUGGAGUUCAGAAUAUUAGAGCUUGAAGAGAGAGAAAGAAGAUCACCUGCUAUCAACUUCCAUCACAUUCCUUUUACUGAGGGAAAAAGUCCUCUCCAAGUUUACUGUGAGGCAGAAGGUGUAACGGAUAUACUAGUAGCGGAGCUAAUGAAAAAGUUGGACAUUUUAGGGGAUAACGCCGUAAGUAAUCUGACCAAUGAGGAGCAAGUAGUUGUCAUACAAGCAAGGACAGUUCUGACACUGGCUGAAAAGUGGCUACAGCAGAUAGAAGUGACAGAAUCUGCACUACAGCAAAAGAUGUUAGAUCUUGAGAAUGAAAAGGAGCUAUUUAGUAAACAAAAGGGCUACUUGGAUGAUGAACUUGACUACAGGAAACAGUCUUUGGAUCAAGCACACAAGCAAAUUCUGGAAUUAGAAGCCAUGCUAUAUGAUGCCCUGCAGCAGGAAGCUGGAGCCAAAAUGUCUGAAAUUCUUUCAGAAGAGGAGAAAAGCAAGCUGAAGAAUGCUGUAGAGCAAUGGAAACGUCAAGUUAUGAGUGAACUCCGAGAGAGAGAUGCCCAGAUUCUGCGUGAAAGAAUGGAGCUCAUUCAACAUGCACAGCAGAGAAUUAAGGAGCUAGAAGAAAGAAUUGAAGGUCAAAAAAGACAGAUAAAAGAAUUGGAAGAAAAGACUACUGAGGAAGCUAGAAAUACUUAUAUUCUUAUUGAGCAAGACAGCAUUGGUUACCAAGGUGAAAUAAAAAAGAAGACAUUACGAUUUCCAGAAGCCCAAAUAUAUAUUUUGUCACUGAAGACUGAAAAUAUAAUCUUUUUGACCCUGUUAGACAAUGAAUUAGGAUUUAUGAGAGUUUCUUAAAGUGGAGUCUACUCUUCUGAUGUCUAUGGCUGUACAUUUUUAUAAGCUAGAAUUAGAACUGUCUAAGAAAGCCAAAAAAAAAAUUAAAAAAAUAUAUUAACAAUUACAGGCUUCUCUAAAGGAAGCCCUGUCUCUGCUGCUUGAAACAACUUUCAGCUUUACAUAAAAAGCAGUAUACUAAUUCAGAUAAAGUGAAUAUAUUGUGGUUCCCUGCUAAGCAGGUAGUAAACUGCUUCUGUAAAGAAGUGAUCAUGUCCUGUUUUAUACAUCACUCAUGUAUGUGUGUUAGUUGUGGUUAUUUAAAUACAUGUCUUGAAGGAAGAUUUUAAAAAGAGUUCCAGACUAGUCUAUGAUGAAAACAUAAAUGUGAAUGAAAUGAAGCAUUGUAUUCCGAAAUGUUUUUCCUUCAGUUGAUGGGAAGUAGAACUAAUUCAUCUGAUAAUUUCAGAAAAAUGUAUUUCUUUUCCAUAGCACAGGGUAUGUAUAGUGGUUUGUUGAAUAUCCCAAGCACUUAAUGAUGGAGGGGAGGUGUGACUACAAAGUUCUGAACCUUCAGAAUGUGGUUUCAUUUUGUUCUGAAGUUUCAGUAAACUAUGCUCUGUAACACUAAGAGAAAAAUGGCAGAAUAACAUAUAAUGCACUUAAGUUCCUCAAUGAAGAUGAAGCAUUCAACAGCGUCCCAUGGAAACUUUGAACCUGUGAAGGGAAUAGAAGUGAAAAUGUGUUGUCACUGAUCUGAAUGUCCAGAAUGCUGGAAGGUGGGAAUGUGUGUAAAAAACGAAGAUUUGAUUAAUUUGAGAAAAGAAAGCACAAGCAAGGAAGGUGGGAAUCCCUGAUUGUAUCUCUUGGAUUUAAAUGUCAGAAAAAUGAAAAAAAAAUUGUCUUCUUUAGAAAGAUGCACAAAGGAAAGACUCUGAAAGAAAGCACACAAAUGUACUUCACCAAAAAGUAACAAGAGAAAUUGAAACAAAGUGCCAAAAUCUGGAUUUACCAAUGAAUAUAUAAAAAGCAUCUCAUCUGGCCUUUUCCACAACUGCUGUGUGUCUAAAAUAGGGAGCAGAGAGAUGAUGAAGAAACUGUACCUAUUCUUUUGGAAGCAUAACCGAGAAAGCAAAACUAAAGAAGUUACUGAAAGGUAAGAAGAAAUGUCUUAGCAGAUCAUUGAUUUGCUUACACUUUUGUAAGUACAAGAAUAGGGUUUGAUCCUGCAGUCCUUAUUCAAGCCAACAUUGUUUUAAGUACAAUAUAGAGGAAAUUCUGACCUGAUCAGUAUUUGUUGUAAAUGUUAUGUAUCCACAUUUCAUUUUAGGCAGUGGCUGAUGUAUUAUAUUUCAGUGUAAUAAAUAACAAAUGAUCAUUUUA